UACUGCCCUUUUCUCCGCUGGUAAAUCGAGUUACUGCACUUAAUUUAGGCAAUUACAAACGUCGAUUGCAGAAACCAGAUUAAACGUACGAGUUGCUUCUAUAUUCAUCGUUUCUUGAUAGAAACUUGUCUCUCAGAAGAUUAGGGCGGAAGAAUGUUGUUAUCUUCAAUUCUUUAUUUCAAGGUGUAUUGCUUAACGCACUCUAUCGGCGAGAUCAGAAACGCAGGGCCGUACAAAAUGCGUUUGUUGACAACAAUUCCGCUUAUGAACGACAUUAUUACAAUAUGAUAUAUGUGUAAUUGUUUUAAAUCUUUAAGGACCUCUAGGCAUUAAUUAAUACAAGCUUUUAACCUAAGGAUGCUUGUCUUCAAUGAAAGCAGCUUGCGACGAGUAAGAGAAAGAAUGUUCACUCUAGAUUUUUCAAAUCAAGACCGGUUUCUCACGAGAAUUUCCGUUUACAAGGACUCAAAAUUCCCCAGCGUUUUCGUCACAGACAUGGCGUGAUGUCAGUUGAUAUUGGAGUUAUCUUCUACCCGCAGAGAAAAAGACACGUAUAAGAAUCUGCCAACAAAAAGACAAACAAACAAAUUGAGAAACAUCACAAAAAUCAAAAUCACGUUACAAUUCAUUCAAAUAUUUAUAUUUUCCUCAAAAGAAAAUGUAUAACACUAACAAAUUCGAUGAAAACGCGUCGAUUUUAAAAUCCCCUUAUUUGGAUCUUUAUCGCACCGAUUUACGGUUCACUGACUUUGUUACAACUUCCUGUCGUAUGACUGCGUCAUAGAAUCCGGGUUAAGAUAUUGCGUGUUUUGAUGAAGUACAUCACUCGGAAAACAUAUUACAAUUCACCAAAAAAAUCAGAGAGGUGGUGAAAUUGCGACCAGAAGUAUCUCGCUCGCCUACAGUGCUAUUUCGGUUUGCUUUGACGGCAUUAGCAGGGCGGUUCUACGCUCCAGUGAAUGUCAUUGUCUACUGUUCUAAAAUCGAACCGUUUCAGCGCCCUUUCAGUGGUGUGUGGUUGACCCCAGGAGCGACACUUUGUUAAAAAAAUUUAUUUGUCGCUUAAGACUUCUAGAUGGCUAACACCUCAAUGUUCUUCAUCUUUGCUUUUUUCACCAAAAUGUAUUUAUGAGCAUUCAGAGCUCUUAACUCGUCCAACGGUUUUAGAUACAAUUUUUUAGCUCAAUGUGUUUGUGUUUUCAUUAAGUGACUCUUUGUUUAUUCGGCGUCUGAAGACUAAUCUCAAAAUUCUCUCCAGCGUGUGCGGUACAUUAAAUAAACAAAACUUUAGUUUUCUCAAAGACUAAUUACGUUAAUCGAGAAAUUGAAAUAGGAAAAAACGAAAGAUGUUUUCACCACAGGGAACUUUUAAGUCUGCAGCAAAUGAAAUUGUAACGACAUCUUAUUUGUCCUUUGCAAAAUAAUCCAAAACAACGACAUUCCAGCCAUAGAUUAAAACAGAUCAAAGUCUGGCUUAAGAUUAACUGAGAUGACAUGCACCUGAAAAAAUGCAAAAUAUAUGGGCCGGGUCGCACUAGAGCCAAUUUUGUUUACUUCCAAUUUUGGGCGAGGAAAAAAUUGGCAAAAAUUUCGCAAGGGCCAAAUUUUGGCGGUGGUCGCAUUGGACCAACAUGUUUGAGCCAAAACUUCGCUGAUUGACAUAUAUGUCAUGUCACGAUAUCUACAGUCAAGAAAACAUCUCGCGCAUUGCUUGUGCAAGAAUGGAUCGUCAUAUACAGGUGAUUAUUUUCGCGACUUUCGGGCUUUUGUUGAAUUUUGUGUUUCAGUCUCAACAGAACAACGCAGCGUUUUUAGUAUUGUUGAUGCACUAUCAGCAGGCUUUUCAACGGUUAGUGUCUGCUGUUAGAAGACGUAGGGUUCGCUUGAAUUGGUGCCGGUAGCCGGAUCCAGGAUAGGAGUCAUUGGCAUUUCCAAAAAACUGCCGCUCGUAUUCCGCGUUUCCAUUGUAAAAACCAUAGAAAGAAAGGUCAGAUGGACCGGGAAAAAAAUAAUUUUGUCCCGACAUCGUACGUGCGAACCUGCACUAGCCGAACAAAGUAAUUUUUCCCGCCGUAACUUGAUCCAAGUAUGUUUGAAGAAAAAUGGCAGCUUAAUGGUUAAACAAACAAAGUUGUUUGCUUUGCCAAAAUUUGGAAGCCUUCGAGGCAGCACUUCGGCUUCUCUGAAGAUUGGCGAAAAUUUGGCAAUCCGCAAAAAAUUGGCGAGUUUUUGAAACUGGGGGUCGCACUUAUUUUACGUUACUUGGUGACAGAUUUAUUACUUAUGCAAACAAAAUUGGCUAAAAUUCGCUCUAGUGCGACCCGGCCCUUAACCCAAAACAACGACAUUCCAGCCAUAAAUUAAGACAGAUUAAAGUUUGGCUUAAGAUCAACUGAGAUAACAUGCACCUGAAUUUUUCAAACCUUUUAUCUCAAUGCAACCCUUGCGAUUGAUUGACAAGUAAAUACCGACAGUUCUUAGGAUAGAAAAGACUUCAGACGUAUGGAAAGUGCGCUCAUCUUACAGUACUGUGGAGACAAAAAGACACAUUUGCGAUAUUCAGGAACACAAAUGUCCUUUAACAUUUCACUUGUCAACCGGAAUGAGUCUAUCAUCUGCCGGAACUUUUAAUAAAAGCCUUGGUAACGGUUCUACUUUUUCAAGUUGGUCCCUUUUGUUCGGGAUGAACUUGACAAAAACACAUAGAUCAAUCACGUCACACGUCACUCCUUUUUUUCCAACCAGGUCUAGCCACUCUCACUGAGAUUUUUCGAAUCACUUAUUGAGAUCAGUGCGUUUUAAAAACCUGUCUUCCAACCAAAGGAUGCUCAAAAAUUAUGUUUCGGAAACAGAUUAGUAUACUGUUUUUUAAUUCACGCAAGCCUCGUGAUAAGAGUAAAGUACAAGCUGGGCUGACAUGUUCAGCAAGUCACGCAAGUUUGAAAUGUCACGCAAGUUUUAAAACAUUGGCACUGAGCUUGGUCAAGGUCGGUUUGAAACCACGGUAAACUAAAAGGGCUCGUCAUCAGUAAUCUACGAUAAAAUCAGCUUAUUGCUUUUGUUUCCUCUAUCUGACCUGCAGUUUUUUCUCUCUCCUAGAACAUCAAAAGCUGGAUUACGGCAAUUGCUUGAAUCAGAUAAGUACAUUCCUAGUUUUUACUGUGAUUUUCCGAUCUCUUCACCUCAUUGCUAAACUUUGAUUGCGUAGAAGCAGCAAUAAGAUUUCCGCUGACAAGCCAGGUAAGUUUGCGGUAAGUGAUAGUUGUAAGUGAGCUUGCGCGCGUCACCAGACAAUAAGUUCUUGACUUGUUGAAUACGCAUUGUAUCUGUGAAAACACUCUUUGAAGCUUGUGUGUUUUAAUUCGCUCUUGAAAGAACAACUUUCAAGACUAAAAAUUAUGUCAGACCCCGCCUGACAAACUUGAAAGACUCACUUUCAAGUGAAACCUAUUCUGCAAUACAUAGACAAGUAAAGCAGGGAAAAGACGUUUGGAAGACGAAACGCUUUCAGGCCAUGUGUUGUCUCUUUUCCUUGUCACAAUCAACAUGCACCGUGUGUGCCUAAAUGAUAUUCAAAAGAUCUUGAAAGAACAAGCGCUUUCAAGACAUGUUUGCAGAUUGCUCGAUGGCCGUCAAACCUUAAAGGCAAAAAUUGCGUUCAAGUGUUAAAAUUUUAAGAUAGAGAAACUUUCGCUGUCUAGUAACUGAUGCUCGACUUCUUUGAAUUUCAUUUUUCUGCUAUUGAAAAGUUUUGAAUUUCCGUGCGAAAUCCGAUUCUAGUAAAAAAAAUAGGAAAUUCCGUUUUUUUCUUGUUACUUCUAGGCAAAUUAAAUCGGUGUCUUCCCGAAAUAAUUUCGUCCGUCAAGUUAGUAUCAAAAAUAAAAUAAAGUAAAAAAAAAAUUCUGAGUCAUCAAAGUUAAAAAUGAACUAAUCUGUGAGAAAUAACGCUGAGGUGAGUUUAAGAUAUAUUUUCCAACUUUGGUCCAAUGUUUUGUUGUUGUAGUACCUGUUACAAAAACCACUUUUGCUGUGAAUGUAACUGAGGGAGAGUCAGUGUCUCUGAACUGCACCCUUAGUGGCGAUGGAAGUUAUACUUGGGAACGUCAGGAUGGAACCGAGUUAGAAAAUGCGAAAAGAAAGGUACCUCUUCUCUCCUUAUUUUCUAUAAAUAUAUAACUAACGUUUUCUUUUAUUUUCCACACUAAGCGAUGGAUGUUUGUAAGUAUCAAAGUUUUAAAGAAAUUAUCAGCAUGCAGCGAACAACCGUUGAGUUUUGGAUGCACUUGGGAGGUUUGCUAAGCACUCAAGGGGCUAAAGUCGCACCAUUUCGAACAUCGAGCUGAGCUGUAUCUCGAUUACUUCCAAUAUCGAGAACAACAUCUCUUAUCCCUUUUCACCAAACACAUCUAACUUGUUGCAUGCGUUUCUCUACGUUUCUAGAAUUCAUCAUUUCUUUUUUCAUGGAAAUUUUUCUCUAAGGUUUCAGUUCAAAUACUAUUACAAGGGUCAUUUAAACAAAAUAAACCAAUGGCACUAUACAAAACGAUCAAUUAUUCCAACGACAGCGGAAUUUUUCUGUAUGGAAACCUCUUCCAAGGGAUCCCCAUACUCCAAGAAGACAAACUUCGGUCCCACCUAGGAAUAAAACUCUACAAUAUGUGCCUGUGUUUCUCAUUUAAGAGUCACCUCGUUACUAAGGACACAAACUUUGGCCCCGACAAGGAAAAAUGGUCUUUCAAUUGUCCUCAUUUAAGGGAAACCUAACUCAGAGAACACCUUUCAUAAACCAGAGCCUGUCUGGUGAGGAGGGAUCAUACUGUUGAUUAAAUCGAGCUCAUAAGUGCUAAGAAGCUGAGCGCCAAUAAGAGUCAAGUUGUGCUAAGGAUUGUGGGAGUGACUGUAAGAGAAGCCGAGCUGAAAAAGAUCUUAAUUUAAAAUAAAUAAAAGGGGUAAAUUUCUGAAGAAACUUCGUGCUGCGUCGGUGGGAGAGAAUAACAGGGUAAUUUAGUAUUACCAACUUUAAUUUAUCAAUUUAACAUUAAUUUAAAAUAUCUAAUCACACAUCAUUAAUCUUGUUUAGGUUAAGUAGCUAGCCAAAAUGGCUUUGCUAACAAAGGGCUAUUAAGGAUUUUUAACCGCAAUUAAAAAAAAAAAAAAAAAAAAAAACCUAACGCUGUCGCUGUUUUUGUUGAAGGUGAGAGGUGGAGGACGACUGCUUGAAAUUAUUGACACGGCCAUUGCUGAUUCUGGUAACUAUACCUGUAAAACAGGUAGAAGCUCUCACACCAUUACACUACAGGUUUUAGGUAGGUAGAUGAUCACUUCGCUUUAGAUUCAAAGGGAACCACAAGUGUCGUUUAUUGUUACAUGUCUCAAAAUAAAUUGAUAACUUCCUAAUACAUAGACUACGAGCAGUCCCUCCUUUUCUGCAAAGUCGGUCACGUGAUUGAUAAAUACCAGUGAAAUAAAACUUGACGUUAGCUCGCCGCGGGAGGCUAUUGGAGACAUGUUUGCCACGAGUAAAACUUCCCUUAACUUGAAGAUAACAAUAGUUAAAUCGGUAGUUGACAAAUCCGCAAAAGAGGGAAUAAAUAAACAGGAAGGAACAAGCAAGGGUAAGGAUGGAGAGGAUUAAAAUAAAUUGUAAUUGGCUACAAAGUGUUGGUUCGGUUGUUGACAAAAACUCAAAGAAGGUAUACUAUACUAGGAAGGAAGAAGUAAUUUAGCGAGUGUUUUUUUUUACAGUUGAGGUCAAGGUGGAAAUGGCCCUGAAGGUUGAAAAUUACAACUACACCAAAGAGCUGGAGAAUAAGUCAUCGCCACAAUACAAGGAAAUCGAGACAAACUUUACCGCGGAGGUAUGAUUUCUUUUCCUCCUUCCAUCUUUCCAUUCCCUCUCCCCAUUCUCUUUUGUUUUCCUCGCUUUUUGCUAUCCUCUCCAAUCCUUCCUCCCUCCUUUUCCUCCUUCCUCUGUUCUCUCUUCUUCCCUCCAGUAAUUCCUUCCUUCCACCCCCAUUCCCCUCCCACCUUCCAUUCUCUCUCUCUCUCUCUCUCUCUCUCUCUCUCUCUCUCUCUCUCUCUCUCUCUCUCUCUCUCUCUCUCUCAUGUAUCCCCUCCCGCCCUUCCUCCCUCUUUCCUCCUUCCCUCCCAGUCUUCUCCCUCCUUCGCUUCUCCUCCCAACACUCUACCAUUUCUCCCACCCCCUUCCUCUCUUCAGUCCUUCCUCCUACCCUCCUCUCUCCCUGGAUUCUUACCUUCCUUUCCACUGUCUGUUUCUACCACUUAUUCCACCGAAUGACUUACAAACCACCUUUCUCCUUCUCUGUCUCCUUGCUAAUAGGUUCAAUAUCUUUGAAUUGAAAGCGUUAAAGAGUACUAGUAAAUGAAAAAAAAAAAAAACAACAACAACACCUCUUGUCAUGUUUCAGAUGGACUUCGUUUACAAAGAUACUCCAGGAUACAUAAGAACCGAUGUUCUGAAAAUGACGUGAGUGCCAGAGCGUAUUCCUAAUUCCUAACCCCACAGUUGAAAAUUCAAAAUAUUCCAUUUUCGAGUGAAUCAGUUUUAGUAAUAUGUCAUAGCCAAACAUAUCUCCUAUUUCAUAUGCUGUAUUGAUCUAAGCGUGGAUUAACAACAUAUAUCAAUGAUCUGCACGGAGGAUAAAUUUAUCGCUUUCGCCUAUCAAAGAUGAAUAACAAUCAAUGCCAUGAUUAUUGAGAAACGUAAGUCGUUAUUGCAGGGACCUAAAUAAACCUUUCAUAAUAAUCAAACUUCAGACCAACGGAUUUUACGCUCCGAUUCUCUACAACUGAGUAACCAGAGUAGAAAAGAUGUAAAGUUUCAUGCUCGGUUAUAGAAUAAAUAAUUGUCUUCCUCUAACUUAUUCUUAAUUUCUCUGUUUUCAUUUUUCUAUAAAUUAUCACGUUAUAAAUCAUUGUAGCUACAGUAUGACUAUUUUCUAAAACGAUUUUUGUCCUUUGAUUUUUUAGGAAAGGGAGUGUGGUAGUGGAUUUCAACAUUAUUAUCCAAAUUGUAACAACCGAUCCCAAAAACGAAACAACCAUCAACGAUAAAAAGGUCUCAAUCGUCCAAACAACAAUUAAAGAAGCCGAAGAUGGUUUUGUAAAGCGGCUAAAAGUGUCAAAAGUUAUUCCAAAGAGUAAGUUUGUCGUAGUGAAACUGGUUCUUUACAAGUUUUUUUUAAUAAUUUUGAGCAGGAUUCGAUAUUUCCUAGCGUUCCAGUCUCUUACAAUGCCUUUUUCCACCCAGAAGCGUGGAUAUGUAUGAAUGGGUGAUAACAAACUGCCACUGCUACUGAAACGUGACAAAAUUGCAGAUGAAUUACCUGCCAUGGCGUGGUGUCCAAUCCAGGAGAAAUAGCAACACUCCUGGAAUCUAAUUUCUCCCAAAAGUAUCAUUGAUAUUCAACUAAGAGAGCUUUUGAUUGUUGAACAAAUACUCCUGGUGGGAAAAUGAGAUAUUUGUAAAAAAACAGUGUGGAGAAUGUGCAAACUGAUGGUCAAUGGACCACUUGUUUCGUGAUUUAAUUACCCGGGUAAGAAAGGAUUACUGUCAAUAGAAAAGUUACAUAUGGAAGCUUUUCUUGCAUCAUGUGAUUGGAAAGGAUAUGAAGAAAGCAAAAUAACGUGGAAAAUGAGCGAGUAAUGCCAUUGACGCACUCAGAGGCAAAAACUUUUAAGCAGUAAUUUAAAAAAACACUCGCCAUUGUUUGAGUAAUUUCCAGAUGUCUCUGUAACUUUAAUACUUGCACCUUGUUUUAUCGUUUAGCCCUCAGAUAAUCUCUUUGAUUGUUCACAUCUUUUCGAAAUUUUUUAUCUUUUCCUCUCUCUUCUUUAUUUUUAGCCGAACCUCCAGAGCCUAAUGGUGUGGAGAUCUUUGAUAUCAAAUCAGAUGAGCUGAGUGUUCGAUGGAAACCGUCGGAAGAUGCUGAAACUUUCGACGUACGCACUUACUCGGUGCAAUACAGAGCAUAUGGUGAAAAGACCUACAGCGAGCAUAAUCAAACAGCUAACACUGAAAAUGCAGACUACUCUUACAGGAUUAAGUCUCUCGAAUCUGAGACUGUUUACAUGAUACGGGUCGGUGCAGUUAACACUUAUGGAUCCAAUUUCAACGAGGAAACUGGCCAUGAGACUGAACCCGCACGUAAGCCGUUUUUAAUUGUUAAAGUAAUUUCUAAAAAUUGACAAAGUUGUCUACAGGUUUUUUGUGAAAUUAAAGAUUUUUCAUUAGUAAUUUUUUAACCUAAACACGUGACGUCUCGCUCAUAUUUUUGCUGGAAACUUGAUCACAGAUAAUUUUUUAUCUUCAUGUCUAUGUAUUACUGUCGUACCUUCGCAAUUUUUAAGCAUCAGAACACUCUGGCAAACUCAUGCUGGAAAUUUAGUCUUCCUAUUUUAAAAUUUCGAUGAAUCACCAUGUUCCGAAAGUAGGGAGGGAUAGUUUGAAUUAAAGUCAGCUUUUAACAAGCGAUUGUAACACUGCAUACACUUUACAGCAAAGGAAAUCGUACCCGCAAUCUUACGCCUUACGUCUUACCUAUGGCCAUUCCUUUAAAAGGUCGAAAAUGUCAUGUGUGGCUUUAAUUCUGAUAUCACACAUUCUUUUUUAUUACAGCUUUUGCCUGGUGGAUUAUUGUCUUGGCCGUGUUAGGUGUCCUCUUGAUUCUUGGCAUACUCAUCGGCAUUAUUAUCUACAGACGCAGGAGAGCGCGGGAAAGAAGAGAGCAAACAGAGGCUCGGUUUCGAGCUCUUGAAAACCAAACCGGGUCUCAUAAGGUACCAUUACAACAGAUAAACUUAUUGCGUUAAUCCUAUAUAAAAUAAACCGGAUACCGUUCUAUAGUUGCAUGCAAUGAGAGCAUUCCAUCAAAAAUCGAAAAAUCAAAAUCAAAGUAAUCACAGCAACCUAUCACGACAAAGGAAAAUUUCACGAGGAUGAGAACUCAACGUUAAAAACAAGCGAGCUGCUUUAAGCUCGUUCAAGAGAGUGCUUCGAGUUUUCUGGACCAGCUGCGAGUUUUCUGGACCAGUCACUCAGCGGAGCAAGGCAAAAUUAAAGAAAUCCCAGAUUACUUUGGACACUCCAUUGAUAUCAUAUCUCUAUAAGAAAAUUACCGCACAUUACGAAAGGUUCUGUCGACCUAUCCCUGCCAUUUAACUAAAAUCACACCAUCCUUGAUAUGAAAUCACUGUCCACGCAUAUUUUGAUUUUCAGGGCGAAGUAGCAGCUUACCAUGGGGAGAAUGUUAAAGGAUUGACAUACUCGUUUAAAAACACUGCUUACAAGCCGGGUGAGACGAACUGGGAAGAGUUUCCGCACGAGAAUAUCAAACUGUUGGAUGAACUAGGUUCGGGAGCAUUCGGCAUCGUUUUUAAAGGAGAGCUGCAACAAGAGAACGGGAAUAUCAUUCCUUGCGCAGUAAAAACCUUAAAACGUAAGUCUCGUAUGCAAGGUUCACGCGUAGCGUAUUAGUCAAUCAGCUUGUCAGUUUUGAUGAGUUAGUCGGUCAAUCAGUCAGACAGGCAGUCAGUUAGUCAGUUCGUCAGUCAGCCAGUUUGUUAAUCAGUCAGUCAGCGAGCUAGUCAGCCAAUCAACUAGUAAUUAAGACAGUCUGUUAAUUAUUCAGCCAGACAGCCAGCUAGAAAGCCUACCAGCCAGCCAUUCAGUCAGUCAGUCAGCCAGUCAGCCAGUCAGCCAGUCAGCCAGUCAGCCAGUCAGCCAGUCAGCCAGUCAGCCAGUCAGCCAGUCAGCUAAUCUGCCAGUCAGCUAGCCAGCCGGCCAGUCAGUCGGUAAACCGGUCACCAAGCCAGCCAGUCGGCCAGUCAGUCAGGCAGCCAGUCAGUUAGUCAGUCAUUCAGCCAGUUGACCCGCUGACUCGCUGGCAGUCUCUUUCCGGUGACAUCACAAAUUGCAUCACAGUCUCUUUCCGGUGAUGGUCACAAAUUGCGAUUUUCACAUAGCCAAGUGAUACUUUUAUGGGAACUUUUAUGUUCUUUGUAUUUCUAUGAAUAACGAAAAGCUCUUGUGAGCUUCACAUAAGUUACAUAUAUAAACUUGUUUUAAAUGUCACCAAAUUUCACUCUUGUUCCAUGAAACAGCAUCUGCCACAAAGGUGGAAAGGAAAGACUUGUACAAUGAGUUGGAAAUCAUGGCCAACGUAGGACACCAUCCGAACCUUGUGAAUUUGAUUGGAGCAUGCACACAAGAUGGUCAGUAAGACACUUGAACUAUCAUUCAGAACCCUGCAUUGACCCUUUUACUCUAAAAAAUUAAAGUGCAAUUCUCCCUUCUAGUUACCACACAUUUAUCACUCAGUUAGUUAUGAUUAAGUGCUGCUUUGACUCUCAAGCUCUUCACAUAUUUGAUGGACAAUGUAUCAGUAUCCUGAAAAGAAGUUACACGUCAAUCACCUCUGGUAGUUGGUGGGGAUUAAAGAAGCUGAUGCACAUUUAGUGCAACUUGAAAUUUUUUUUAGCAAUCCUUUUAAAUCUUUUUCAUCCUUGACCAUCCUCGCUUCUUCCUCAUUCAGUCUUCCCUUCCAAACUAAUAUUCUGUGUUUUUACGUCAAGAGUAAUAUUACACAUCCAGAAGAACGGCCUAAUUUCCCAAGCUCGUCAUUUGCAAUCAGAGUCAAUCUUCUUCAUUCUUUGCUAUCCUCGUUCCUUUCUUCCAUUUUCAUGUUUUUCAUCUAACCAACCUAACAUUUGCUGUAUUUCCUUAUAAGGAACAUAAUUUUCCAUGUCAUAACCGAAAUACUGAAAAUUUUGCAACUUGGCGCCCUUAACGUUUGAAACUAAUUUAGACAAGUCCAUUGGUCUCAUUCCAUUCAUUUCUCUAUCUCCAGACCUCCUACUCGUUAUAAUAGAGCUAGCAGAAAACGGCUGCCUGUUAGAUUUCUUAAAACAGUCCCGACAACAAGAUGGAAAUAACACUACAAGCGGCUUAACAGAACAUAUGAAAACAUCGAUAGCCGUCGAUGUAGCGCGAGGAAUGGCACAUUUAGCACGCUGUAGGGUGAGUUCAAAGUAGUAGCAGUAACAUUCUAGGUGUACCCACUUUUCCUCCUACCAUACCUCAUCAAUCCUCUGCACUUUCUACUCUACCAAUUAUUUUUUUGGAAUUUAACCUCUGACAGUUGGGGAUUUCAUCUACAAAUAUCAUUGAUAUUUUCUUUUCUCACCUCAUUUUCAACUUGAAAAUGUUUUGCUUUUUGUUUGGGGAAAUUUCUCUAGAAAGUCACGCAAUAAUGUAAAAUGACUCGUCAUUAGUUUUGAUUCUGCUGAGAAAUUCGAUGUUUGUCAAGUGACUUUAACAAACACCUACAACAAUCAAACAUGACUUGAAAUUUUGUUCGUAUCAGUGUAUCCACCGAGAUCUCGCAGCAAGAAAUGUUUUACUGGGGAAGGACUACGUUGCUAAGGUUUCCGAUUAUGGUAUGGCACGUGAUGUUUAUGAACAGCUGAUGUACAAGAAAGAAACUCAGGUAAAUUACUUGCUAAAAGAGCUAAGAGUAUAAAGACUUACAGUUUGGUGUUCAAAAAGUCUCUUUUAAUGGAAAGAAUAGGAAUUUAGCAGUAGGGAUUCUACGAGGUGGCUCUUUUUGUCAACUUUUUGCAGGUCCAAUUGGAAUUUGGAAAGUUGGUUUUUGUGAAAGGGGGGGGGAACUGGAUGACCCGGAGAAAAACCUAAGGAGAGAUGACGAGAACUAACGUGACUCAACCAUUAUAUGACGUUAGGUCCAAGAGCACCCUCAUGACUGCGCCAUCUCCUCUUUCCAAAAAUUUCUGAUAUCGUGCAGUUGGAUAAAAUCAUCUGGCAAUCCAAGGUCAAGCUACACGUAGUCAUUCUGUACGUGAUUCUUUUAUUUGUUUCUUUCAGGGUAAACUUCCGGUUAAAUGGAUGGCUGUCGAGUCCUUGGAGACAUACACUUUCACGAUGGAAUCUGACGUGUAAGUCAUUUUAAAUGGCCAGGGUAUGAGGCUAAAAUCCUGACUGAAAUGCUCAUCUACCAAUGUGAGCCCUUGAAAUUUCGUAAAUUUCCUUGACAGUUUAGAAACACUCUUCAUACAUUUAGCGAGAGGGAGGGACGCCGCGAAUUUAGAACGAACUAAGAUAUUUAAAACAGAAUAAAAUAUCUCGCUAAUUCUAAAUACUAAUUUUUCUUAAAUCUAUUUAAAAUGAGCAAAAGAUUCAUUCUUAUUUUCUGGACUUUUUUUAAUCUUUAAUUUUUUUUAUUCAAACGCAGGUGGGCUUAUGGAGUACUGCUUUGGGAAAUAGAAUCAGGAGGUAGGAUUUGUUUUCAUCUUGUACUGCAUCGGAUGCAGAAAAAUACCCUAUUUCUCUUGAGUUUAAACUGAGUCUGAGCGAGUCAAUUGCAGUUUCAUUUGUCAUUCAACAUUGUGUUGUAUUUUCUAAAAAAGAAUACACAACGUUCAAAAUUUUCAAAAUUGCUUUCAAUCAGAAGUUCGCGUUAAAUGCAUAUCUGUUUUGCAAAAGGAAAAGAAGUCUGCUACGUGACAUUUUUUUUGUGCACGAACCUAAGUUGACGACGGGUGGAUUGAUGAUCAAUUUUGAAAGGAUGAAGCUUCGAGCAUUAGGUGGUUAGAUUCUGUGUAUUAGUCUGAGUAGAAAUCUUAGCGUCACGUGUCUUAAAAACGAUAUUUAGAUGGUUAACGUAACUAAAUAAUAUUCCCUGCUUUUAGGGUUGAAACCUUAUGCUGGCCUUAGUACCGCGGAGCUGAUAGAAAACCUAAAGAACGGAUACAGAAUGGAAAAGCCUAACGGAUGUUCAGACGAAAUGUAAGAUAUUCUCAAAUUAUUAUUGCUUUUAAAGGCUUGCCAUAAUUUUCACUUCUCGUUGGCUAUUUAAACGUAUACUACACCGACUACUCAAGUAAUAGUAAUAGUACCGAGUACUAUUACUGCCAUUUGUGGUAAAGAAAAUAAGUAGAGGUAAUAAGCUAUUUGGGAAAAGAUCUGUGCAGUGCUUGAAUAAGAUUGAACUAAGCCUUCAGUUUUCUUAGUGUGCUGUCUAUAUUUAACAAAUUUAGCUAAAGCACACAAAUAGUGGAAAUUUUUAUCUUAUUCCUUCAGGCCCUGAUAUAUUUAUUGAUUUCGUAAUGUUUAUGGAAUGACCACGAAAUUUCCAAAGUACCAAAAUUAAAAAUUAUGACUAAACGCAGCUUUAUGCAACCUUUUUUUUUGUUUUAGGUACCAGACCAUGAGAGAUUGUUGGAAUUCAAGUCCUAGCGCAAGACCAAAUUUUGACGAGCUGAUUGUUCGUCUUGAGAGCACAAUCACGACUUAGUUUACAUUACAUUUCAUUACCAGCGACAACAGCAACAACAACAAAGACAAAACUACAACAACUAAACAGGGAAUUUUUACAGGAAAUAGUAAGGUUUAAAUAAUUAAAAAAUUACGUUAGGACUAUCAAGGAAGACGAUUUAGGCUGAAACACCAUAUUUGUUCACCGAGAAGCUAUGCAAAGUAAAAUUCUCGAUGGAAAUUCUUGAUGGUGUUACCUUUGGUAGAUGAUGAAAAUACCUAAACUGAGUAAGUUUAACUUGAUCGCCUCUCGUUAGAAAUUAGAAUCGAC